AUGGCAAGUUUCUGGAGCUCCUCUCUGCCCAGCCGCCUCCCCUUCUUCCUGCUGCUCCUCCAGUCGCCUUCUAGCCACGCAGACCGCGUGCGCUUCUCCGACGAGGGCGGCUUCACCUGCUUCUUCAGAGACCACGGGCAGCAGGAGGAGGCGGCGCUGGAGCUGAAGGUGGAAGAUCCCUUCCACUGGGUGGGGCCCAGCGCGCUGGCCGGCCUGGCGGUGCUGCCCCUGCUCCUGCUGCAGCUGGUGGCCGGCCUGCUCUUCCUGGGCCUGCAGCGCAGGCUGAGAGGAAAACUUCGAGCAGAGAUAGAGAGCCUUCACAGGACCUUUGAUCCUCACUUUCUGAGGGUGCCCUGCUGGAAGGUGACCCUGUUUGUCAUCGUGCCGGUGCUCGGACCCCUGGCCGCCUUGGUCAUCUGCUACAACUGGCUGCACCGAAGACUAGCAGGGCAAUUUCUUGAAGAACUAAGUAAGUUCUUUCCUCCUUCUUAUAAGCUGAAAACAAAAAAACAGAAAAGCAGCAAAAGAGUGGGGCCAUGAGGCAUGGAAAGGCCAGAGGAAAGGGGGGCUGGGCUGCACGGGUGAGGGCACUCUGUGAGGUAGCAGCCGUCUUGCCAGCUGGACAGGCAGGGAAGGAAGUGGGGGCACCACCUCCUGGGCAGACCCCACUCCUUCCCCUUCCGAGGGCAGCUGCCUGCCUCAGCCCAAGGCCCUCAGAGACAGGCCCAGGCGGGGUGGCCCCGAGGGCCUUUCUUCUCCCGGGUUAGACGGUUUCAUGGAAGAAACUACUGACAGAUUUUUCAAGUUGUUUUCUUCUCCUAGGAAACCCCUUCUGAGUGAAGGUGCGCGUUGGCAGAAGUGGAGGAGAGCCUGGCUGGGCCAAGGGUCGGUCCUGGGGUGUUGCAUCCAUCAAGGCCUCUUGGCUGUGGGCACCUUCCAACUUGCAUUUCCAGGAACGCUCUAAACUCCAAAUAGGAUUGUUUUCUUUUUUUGUUUGUUUGUUAAUUUUUUUUAAGGCAAGGAGAAACGUCGUUUGUUGUUCCACCUUAUCUACACACCCAUUUGUUUCUCUUCUGUCAUCUACUUUUUCCCAGCUCUGUGUUUCCUGUUUUUGUACC